AUGUCAUCAGCUUCUCUUAUUUACGCAUCUGCACUCGGUGGUUCUUUGUCUAGAAGCACCACUCCCGAACCUCAAAUCGUGGCUAGGUUAACUAACCCUCGCAUUCCUGCCGCCGGAGGCAGGGUUAACUCUGCUCCAUCUGAACAUUCCGACCUAGCAGCAGGCAUGAGUCUAUCAACAAAUGGUCUGACAAAUCAAGAAAACGAGAUUGAUGACCAGAACACCCAUAUCAAACAUCCAUACUUGACCAACAAAGUUUCUAGAUUACAUAUGCAGAGGAGCUGGAGGCGGCAACCUAGUAUCACAUUUCAAUGGCUGAAGCUCUGGACAAUUAGGUUAAGACCAAGGUCUCUAUUAAGAGUUUUUUUGGAGAAAGAAAACGAGAAAGAUGCAUCUGUGAAGGGAAAAUCUCGUUUGGGAACUAUUGUUCAUCAGAAAACUGCAACAGCUAUGUGCUUGACUACAGUCAAGAAUGAAGAUAAGAUGGAGUUCAGCAGAAUCUUGGAAGCCAUCAAGGUUACUUUGGCAAACCAGAGAGUUAGUGAGUACUUAUAUACUCAGAUGAUGCAGGAAACUGGUGGUCAACAGUCCAUGGUUGAUGAAAGCGGAUAG